CGCCCCCAAGUCUCCCGGAUCUCUUCAGAUCUUUGGAAAUAUGUCAAAGAAUAUGAGCCAGAUUUGCGUAAUAUUUUUCAGUCUCUUUAUGAAGCCAAUAAAGAGCAGUGGAAAAAAAGAGAUUUGAUUUUCGAAUAUUUUAAUCCGGUGAUCUCAAGCUCCAACGAUGCAAUCGUGCCUUCUAUAUCUAAUGAAAUGAACACAUUAACCUCCUCUGAAGAAAUACAAAUUACAGAGGAAUUGUUUGUGGG